AUGAAAACUCCAACACUCGCCGUUCUGGCUGCCCUUGCGAGCCUUCAAGCAGUUGCUGCCCAAGCCAUCGCCGGCAAAACGAUAUGGGUUGAUGCGGCAACGUGUGACCCUUGGGCAAAGUCCAACGGCUUUCCGUCUGCUGCCGGUCCGGGUGGCCUCUUCCCUGCUGCCUUCGACAUCAUUGAUAAGAUGGUAAUUGCCAACUCAUAUCGUAUAUACCACCCUAGCACCCAGUCGCCGACGAAUAUCCCUGCAAGUAUUGCCGCUUGGGAGAGAUAUCGACUCAACUCAACCUACAGCGCCCUUUUCGGCAACAAUACAGCUACAACUUCGAUUCCGGGCGGGCCCUUGGGCGUUUCUGACAUAGCGUCACACCUUUAUGGGGUUCAUUUUGUAUGGGGGCCCGGGAUUGGAAACCCGUUUCUCAUCGUGGCCUGUGACGAUGCCCCGUAUGUGUCGAAGAACAGCAGCAGCGGCAAGUUUGUUUACACCGACCCUUAUCACCAUCUCCCUCUCGAGCUCCCCGGCGGGAGUGUUAUAAAUGACGGAGUCACGACCCCGUGCGCGAGAAACGGUCAGUCGGGAUACAACAACGAGAAUGAAAAGAACUUUAAUCAAAAUAUCAUUCUUUGUACAAAAAACAUGAAACUGCCACUCGGUUUCACAAGCAACGGACCUACUACGUUCGCCAGUGGUACGACGCUUGAUGUGGCGGGCAAGACUUGGCUCGGCGCCUUUUACACACAAAUGUCGUGGACCAGUGGCGGUGUUGGAGUUUUUGGAGAUUAUUCUCUGGCAUAUGGUUAUGCUGCGUCACACGCCAUGAGGAACGACCGGCACUCCAUCUUCAAUCCCGACUCUCACAAGUUUUAUAAUUUCGCCCAACUGCUCGAUGGUCUCUUCUGGGGUUCUGGGGUUGGCCAGACUUCGCAGCAGGAAUAUGCGAGCUUGCAGAAGACGGCGGCUGGUAGGGCAUUGAUCGCUGCCUUUGGCCUCACCAACAUCGCAGUACCGGCUAGGGGCGUCAAUUGGGCGGCUGCAUCCGGAUGGGUACCACCGUCUUUGGAGAACUCUCCUGGCAUAGUGGGAAUCCCGAGAGCUUGA